CUGCAGAUCAUUUCACAAUAGAUGAAUGAGUCGCGUUUACUCAGCUGCACUGGCAAAAACUGCAUGUGAUUUCCAUUACUGUCCACUACAGCCUGAGGCACACGGAAGCUCACGGUGCUGCAUUAACUCAGCAGGCCCCUCAUCCUCCCCUGAUUUCUGACUGUGUUUUCAUUGGCCCCUGCCACAUUAGUGCUCGCACUGUUACCCGUGUGUGUCGUGUUUUCAAAGGCCCUGCAGGCACGACGGACAAAAUGUGAGCACCAGAACUGGGACCCCAUUGUUUGGACAUGUCACCGAGUGAUGAAGUGGAUCAGAGACAUCGACCUCAAGGAGUUUGCAGAAAAUCUUCAGGGUAAAGGGAUUCAUGGUGCAGUGAUUGCUAUGGACCAGUCCUUUGAUACGGACGCCAUGGCCAAAGCUCUGGGGAUCCCCAGCAACAAACACAUGCUGCAUCGACACCUGUAUGAAGAGAUGAAAUCCCUCGCUGUCACUCUCUGUAAUGCCGAGCAGAGCACUGAGAUCAUUGGUUCUUCUUCACCUGUGGCUGUUAACCGCUUUACUGAUGAGAGGGUGUCUAUGAUAAGAUCAGGAAAGAGUCCACUGAGGUUGCGCGCCAACAGCCAGUCAGUGGAGCGAAGUCUGGGCUUCCACGGAAGCUGCAGCUCUUUGCCCAGAGAGGCCAAAGUGCAGGCUGUUCCCCGCACCAAAGGUAGCCCCAUGCACACCUUCAAGAGUGUUGAAAUCACCAACGUGUGAACCAGUUUACACUGUCAAUGUACCAUAGCUGUUUACUACUGAGAGAAACCUACGCUCAGCAAAGCUGGACUUUAAAGAAGUCGUCUUAAAGGGAUACACCACUUAAAAUGUAUUCAUUCAAACAUAGUUUUAUUUUGACAAAUGUUACAAUAUCAUCCUCUGAAGAGAAACAAAAAAAAUUUGACCUGAUGAAACUGUUGUAAACAUGAAGAAGAAGAUGAUUUUAUGACUAGUCAGUCUUUGAUGUGUGUUUUUUAAACUAAAUGUUCAAAAUGACUUUUAUAUAUUAUCAAAAGAAUAAUAUCAUAGAACAGAAAGCUUAAGAAUAACAUAAAAAAUAACUGAAGUGAGUCCUCCUUUGAUGCCUUAUAUCAAAUAGAUCUCAUCGUAUAUUAUCUUUACGGGACUGUUCUCUGUAUUUAUUUGCAAAGUUAUUUUUAACAUGUUUCUUUUGCUGCACAUGUAAGUAAAUGAAGAAUUAUGUUAAAAAAAAGUAUAGAAAAAAGUCAUUUUAAUAAUAUGUUUUCAUAGUAGAGACAAAUAUCAACCAGGUCCACGUUCUUCCUACAGCUGAAGAAUCAGUGAGAAUGUUGAUGAUUUGAGUUGUAGCAUUUCACCGUUUUAAUUUCAACAACAACAACAACAAAUCCUUAAGCAUAAACCUGCAAACAUGCAAAUGUACUGACAGCCAGAGUGUGACAAAGAUGUUUUAAAUGUACCUACUACUACUAAAACUCUUCAGUGAUACAGCACAAAGUUUAUAGAUACAUGAUAAAUGCUUGCAACUAACUUUCAGAUAUGUUGAUUUCAAUGAAAGAAUGUUAAUAUAAUUCAUAUUUUAGAUGAGAACAUGCUGAAUAUUUAAAAAAACACUAUGAUCUAUAGGGGUAAAAUGUAUUUAUUUUCUGAUAAAAAUGUAACUAUGCUUAGUGUAUACGUGUGAAAAUAUAAAACUAAAUAAACA